AUGACAACGAAUUGUACGUUAAGCUUCGAGUGUGGGUCUCCCUUACCGAUGAAUUAUUCAGGAACAGUCGAUAUCUACAGCGUUGAUCACCAUGGAUACAAAACGUGCGACGCAACCCAGGGAAAAAUCCUCGCCUCUUUAAAAUGUGGGGAGCACCAUGCAAACAAGGCUAUCAGAGCUCUGGAUUUUAUUAGAAAGGAUGUAGAAACUUAUUACUUCAUUGGUAAGUCUGAAUUCAGGACAAUUAUUCUGACCCAAAACAGAAAAGCCUGGACUGGAAAAUCUCAAAUAUUUUAUAUACUUGAGUAAGCGCUUCCCUCGAAUAAAGAGUGCACACAUCCGUUUUUCUCAUGUAGGCCAUCGAGCGGCAUAAGAGCUGCAUGUAAAACUGAUACUUCAGACGAAACGCAUUCAUUAUUAGUUUUCCUUUUUGUGUUUAUUAACUGAAAGCAAUCCUCGGAAACCCACGGGCAGUCAGUCGGGUGAGAAAGGUCACGACAAAAGUCUUCAAGACCAGGUGAAAGAGCCCCUGUGUACCGACUCUCACCGGACCAUUUCCAAAUGGUAAAGAAAAUGUUGGCUUAAAAUUGGGCACAAAAAAUCCUUUGUAUUAUUGUUCGUUCACCAAGGUUGUGCGUGCAAGGGAAACUUUCAUUUUCUACUUCCCUAACAAGAAACGAAGGACCUACCGAUGACUCAGGAAAACGUUUCGGAUGAUACCAGCAGGACCACUCCAAUUUGCACCGAGAAAGUUCUUUUUCUAACCAAUCACAAGGUAUCGUAAGAGAUAUUUACAAAGGUGUGAUCGAUGCAAGCUAGUUGUAAGCUCAAGUUUGUAUUUUUGCAAAAGCGUCUUUAAAAUACCGUUACAUACGGUUCCAUGUUUUAGUUUUCGGCUAGACAGUAUUUUGAAAUGGACGGUGUCUUUAUCAAACUGAAAGUUUCCUGAUUGCGUGCAUUUCUUUGCAAGUAUGGCGAAAAAAAUAGCCGUCGUGUACGAACACACGAAAAUAACUCGGGGAUACUGUUGGCCGAUUGGGAGCAAUAAUACCGGCAAAGGAUUUUUUUGUGCCCAAUCAGGAGCCAGCAUUUGCUUGACCGUUUGGAAAUGGUCUGGUGACCGAGUCGGUACCCAGGGCCUGCCUCUUCGGCCGGUACUUGAAAACUUUUGUCGCGCCUUUUCUCCUGCACCUGGGUCUCCGAGGAUGAGUAUGACUGAAACUGCGUCGCCUUAAAUGACAGUGUGCCCAGAAAGAAUAUUAAGCGGUCAGACAUUUUUGGGCCUAACAGGGUUCAAGUAUAAGACGGUAUAACUGACAGACCAACAACAUCGCGAAUAAAUUGACCAAUAACUAGAGUUUAAUACCAUCAACUGACGUGAUAAAACUCACUUUGACUCUGAAGAUGACCACCACCAGGUUACUGAAACGUAAGUCAUUGUCAACAACAACAGUCCUAUUCAGGACAACGUUCACCCGGACGAUCAUACUCAACCUACUUAUAGUGUUUAUAUGUUUUAAUUGGAGGGCAGCAUUUGAAAACGAGAUAAAAUUUAGCUUAGCAUGGUUUUUAUUUUUCUUUUAGGUUUUGCUCGAAUGAACACUAAACCAGAGAAACCAGUUCUAGUAGGAGGAACAUGCAAGUCACAUAAAUCCAAGUUGAAGAUUCACAUUUGCGCUCUUGUUCGAAAAUCACAUGGAAAAGUCUGCACCAUGAAAUGUAUGAUUUAAAAAGAGGUGUAGGCCCGGGAGGGUGACUAUGAAAGUCAGUCUAUGAAUGUAAUUUACCCCCUAAGUAAGGCCAAACUGAUUGUGGAUCAGGCUAUUAUCUAAUACAUACAAUACAGUACGAUACGCCUUUGUUGCAAAACUAUUUUGCCAAAAAAAUAUUGAAAUACGCAAUUCGUGUUGUGAAUGCCUUUAAUCUUUAAUCUUUAAUCACAGUUCGUAACCAUACAUAACUGAUACAAAUGAACUAAUACUAACAUAUACAAUCGAACAAAAAUACAAAAAUGGUUAACAGGACGGUAGUAGGGGGAAACCAAAUUCCCAUUCUAAGACAUACCUUCCAAAACAGAAAAAGAAAAAAAAAAAAAUUAAUUAAUAUAUAAACAUAUAUUAAAAAACUAUAAAUUAGACUAUAAAUUAUAAACCUAGAUGCCUAAUUUCUUUAUAAAAUUCAAGAGAGUAUUAAGUCCGCAGCUGGCUUGUUCUUGUCCCUGUACAUUCUUGUCCCCACUGCUUCCGUUUCUGGCUCCGCGAUCAUGCGCAGAAGAGAUCUGGGUCUAACCUCCCACGCAGACGCUCUUAGGGGUUCGUCACGCGUUCCUGUCACACGGACAUGGGGCAGGAACGCGUGACGAGCCCCUAAGAACGUCUGCGUGGGAGGCUAAUCUGGUUCGAGAUUGGUCCCGACAGACAAUAGCUUCAUAAUAUCAAGACAGAGACAACUUUCGCUCCGUUCAAUGGUAACGUUUUUGUUUUCUUUCUGCCUUAAGCACUUCCUAAAGUCCUCGCCAGCAAGCAAACAAACCAGAAAGACAAAGAAGAGAAGCCCAAAGGUUCUUUGAAGACCUUUUACAUCUCCAUGAUUAUCGUCGGCAUUCUUGGUGUGCUCAUUGCUUUGGCAAUGUGCAUUUUCCAGCCGCUUAAGAGGUAAUCCGACAGGGGUUACAUGCACACACGUUUGGUUAUGAGAUUGUCAUUAAGGGUUUGAAAUCCUGAAAACUCCGCAAGUGUGGCUCUGUAUGGCAGCCGGUACCUUGCCCACGCGCGAAGUUUUAUCAUCGUGACCUUGGCAGACAAGGACGUAAACAAACUGCCAUAAAACAAAACUCAAUGCAGGGCAGGCACUACGACAAAGGGCUGAUUUAUUAUAGGGCAAUAUUUCGGCUAUCAAAAUUGGCCUUCUCAGGGCCAGAACUAUACCGAGAGAAAAUAUAACUACUGACUUGGAAACCGACAACGAAAGUCACUAUUAAUAUACGUUCAUGUAAAGGACUUUUGUAAUCCUAAUACAUAUCCCUACUCAACAAUGCAACCAACAAUGCAACCAACAGGCACGCAUCCAGUUUCAAAGUGUAAUUCCACUACUCCUCUAAAAUUUAAUUCACACAUCCCCAGGUCAAAUAUUUUCUGUAAGUAAACUCCAUUUCUUUAUUUAGCCAACAGGUCAGUGGUCGAAGAAACGUGUCAAACCGAAAAUCAAACAAGGACACAGCUUUCCAGCGUCUUCAUGACAAGUACCGCGUUGAAGACAUGGAGGAGGGAAACAAAUAA